CAAUUUGGCUAGCAGUCACUAUGUGUCUUCAGUCAACGGUAUCAAGAAAUUCGCUUUCUUCUUAACACGCGAAGUAAAUAGCAUGAGAACAUCUUUGUACUCUAUUGCUAGACGUGGCAGACCAACUCAAACGGACUGGUCUCUGCAAGAGACUGUGGUUGCUUAUUUGAGCGACCGAGGGCCGAGAUUACCCAAGCAUGGAUUUGAUUAUUUGGUGAGAGCGCACCCAAGGAGCGCAGAGCACAAGUAUAACGCUGUACGGUCACAUGGUGUUAAACAAGCAACAAUACCAUCAAUUGAGUGUAUUCUCAUUUGCGUAGGUGAGAAAAUACGUGUUUUUCUAUCUAAAUUGUUCACAUCGUCAAGUAUGUACAGUUUUUUUGUCUGAAUAUAUUAUUUGAAUAAAGAUUUAACAGACGAGAGCUUUUCUCUUAAUUUAUUGAUAAAAAAUAACUCUGUGUAUAAAGUCCAAUAUACGAAACAGCCUGCGGUGCUUCUAUUCUAUUGAAAUCUCACUUAUGUGCCGGUACUGUAUGAAAAAGAUAGGACCAUUUUUUUUAUUGAAUUUUCCUGAAGAAACUACAGGUCAUAACAUUAUAUGGACUGUCGUAUGAGCAAAACGAAUGUAGAUUCGGUAAUAGAAUGGGGAGUAAGGAGGAUAUAUUUGGAAAAAAGCGGCAUUUGAAUGAAAUGUCAAACGCUGAAUUACCAAAGACGUUUACUUCGUCAAAUCGUAAUCAUUGGCAAAAAAGAUCAAGAAGCGAUAAAGCCUUUGAACCGCUAGUCGAAAGUUUGUUUAAAAAACAAUUCUUAAUUGAAAACGAUAACUUCAUUAUCCCUAAACCAGAAACAAUGUUUACCGAUAAUCCAUGGGAUAUAAAUAGGCUACAAAUAUUGAAAAGGGAGCUAAACGAUAUAAAAAACAAGUUAAACGAUUAUGACAUCGCCACGUGGCAUCAGCACACAAGCCGAAGAAACAGAGCUGGAGAUGUGCAGUGGCGUCUCCGUAAUGAAAUAGAUCCGGAAUUCCUGACUCAGGCAUGGUGUAAAUUCUAUGAAAAUGUAUCUUGUUUCCCAUUGGUACCAAACACUGCUGUAAAGGCUGAGAAACUUUUGUCAGUUCACCUGUGUGAGGCACCUGGUGCUUUCAUUACAUCUCUAAAUCACUGGUUAAGGUUGAAUGCACCUAAUGUACAAUGGGACUGGACUGCUAUGACAUUAAAUCCAUAUUAUGAAGGGAACCCUCUUUCUUGUAUGAUAAAUGACGAUAGAUUUAUCAUAUCCUCCUUGAAUCAUUGGUGCUUCGGCAGUGACUAUACUGGGAAUCUGAUGAAUCUAAAAAACAUGAUGAAUCUGGUUGAAAAGUGUCAAGAAAAAGGAGAUGUAUUAUUGGUUACAGCUGAUGGCAGUAUAGAUUGUACUAAUGAUCCUGGAGAGCAAGAAUCAACCGUUGCACCGUUGCAUUAUUGCGAAGCAGUCACGGGCCUUUUGCUACUAUCCGAGCACGGAAGUCUACUCCUGAAAAUGUUUACAAUAUUUGAACAUGAUUCAUUGUGCUUAGUUUACCUUAUUUCCUGUUUGUUCCAUCAAGUAUUUAUAAACAAGCCUGUAACCAGCAAAGAGGGAAAUUCUGAAAUAUAUUUGGUAUGCUUGGAUUAUCGAGGACCAAGCUAUAUUGCUCCUUAUUUGAACAUAUUGAAAAAAUAUUAUGAGAAACGUCCAGAUAAAUCAAUGUUCCGUAAAGAGGAUAUACCAGAUGAAUUUUUCCAACAAAUGAUCUCAUGCGGCGAAUUCUUCAAAGCUUAUCAGAGUGAAGUGAUAUUAAAGAAUAUAGAAGCCUAUCAUUGCGGCGAGGAUAAUGGACAGUUAGAUUUUGAAACUAAAAAAAUUAAACGCCUUGUUGCAAAUAAAUUCAUAUCAGCGUAUGGUAUUCGAAAACUGGAAAAUGAAAGUUUAGAAGUAGUUGGAAAAACUAAACUGACACACAUCCAUUCCAUCAAUUUGGAUCCAAGAAUACCAGAUGGCUCAUACAAUAGACGGCGAGUAAUGGAAAAUCUAGAGCCAGAAUGCCUUCUCUUAUCGCUAUGUCAAAAUCUAAUUCCAAUUCAAGUUCGAGAAAUGACACGGUGGUUUACAUUCACAGGACCUUUGGAUGCAUUGCAAAUCUGCUGUGGAAAAUUGUUUCUGAAAGUGCAGAGUUCUAAAUUCUGUACAGGAAAGUUUUUGAAAAUUCGUAACAGAGUUUUUGAACUAUCGGAAAAACUUGGUAUUGAUCAUCCCUGCAGUCAAGUAGAAUCCAUUCGAAACUUUGUAAAUGUGUUAGAAAGUGAUACGAAGAAUUAUAAGUAUUUGGGUUUUGAACCAUCAAUUACACAAAACAAUAACAAUAGUUUAAGCAAGAUAAAUAAAGAACUGGAGAACAUACUAGAAGGGGACAGUCUGGUUUUGAUUGGCUAUUCUUUGUUAACUCAGUUGAAUGUAGGAAUUCUAUACAUAUUGGCCCACACAUUUAAAUCACUCGGUGUGAUAUUGGAUGAAAAAUUUGGCUGCAUAAUUAUAUUGAAGCAUAAUUUAUACACUAAAAGUAUAUUGGAGUGUUUUAAAGAAGUUCUCAAUGCUACGAUUAAAGCUGAAGCCUCUGGUGAAUCUGUACUAUCAGUUUUACCUGUCACAAAACUUUGUGGUAAGAAUAAAGCUUUAUCCAUCCUAAGUAAUUUUCUUAUUAAGUCAAACACUCUAUUACAAAUUUCUUACCAAUUUCAUACUUUUAGAAAGCGAUCUUUAUCCCAACAUCGUUGACGCUAAUCAUUGGACCAUCGCGCACUGUGUGAAAGGAAUUGGUGAAUGUGUGCAAAAAAAGUUAUCAAGUAAUACAUCACAUUAACAUAAUACAAUACAUGUGAUUAUCUUUUACUUAUUUCUCAAAAAUGAAUGACUAAAAUCAGAGUCUUUCAAAGUUUCACCAUAAUAUGGAAGUUUUGAAUAAAAUUAUACAUGGUUGUCCUGAUCCUUUCAGCACAAAUGGGAAUUACUGGACACAGUUAAAUAAACUUCGAAAUAUUUGUACAGAGCAAUGUAAUAUUUUAUGCAAGAAUUUUGUGACUCAUCCAAACUGGAUACGUUGAUGCGAUUUAUGAAUUAUAUACUUAUCUGACGAAUAAAUAGUAUAAAUGAGACAUUGAGGAUAUAUUCUUUAACAUACCUUGUAGGUCUCUAAGUUUCCAUAUCGAUAGAUAAGUAUGCUAUACAUACUUAUGUUUUAUUCAUCGUACAUUGACCUAAAUGCCCGUAUUUGAAGUUACUUUUACGUGGUAUACUCUACCGGUGAUGCCCAAGAUAAAAUCAAAAGCUCUUUCUGUAGCAAAGCAGUUAAUAUACCUAGUUUUCUUGAAAUAGUUGCGUAAUACUUCAAAGUUCUUCAGCUACUCAUUCUAACUGCUCUAGAUUAGACCGAGUGUUUCUAAGUGUAGUGAAGGUGGCGUAUUAUCAAUUAAU